AUUAUAAUAGCGUUAACUUAUUUCUUAUUGGAAUGUACGUACUUACAUGCAUAAUAUAAUAGCUUUAACUUAUUUUUUCAUAUAAGAGCUUUAAUUUAUUACAGUUUAAUUAGUUAAAACCCUAACUGAUGAUGAGAGAAACAAGGAUGAUGUCCGAUCUGCCACAGGAUUUGAUAGAAGAGAUACUAUAUAGGGUUCCGGUGGCAUCUCUGAGAAGAUUACGAGCUACUUGCAAACGAUGGUACCAUCAAGCUUUAUUCAAAGAUCCGAGAUUCAUCAAACAAUACUAUGAUAAAACAGCAAGACAGUAUCAUGCUCUCAUGCUGGUUGAAUUUAGAGUAUGUCCAAUGAGCACCGUUCUCGAUAGACUUAGGAGAAACAUAAUCGUGUCUUUAGAUGGGCAUCGCCUAAUAUCUCCCCAUUGCAAUGAAGCAGUCGAUUUAUCUAAAGCCUUUCACUGCGAUGGCAUAUUGGUAUGCCCUUUUAAGAAGAACAUGAUUGUGGUUUGGAAUCCGUUUUCUGGGCAAACCAGAUGGAUACAACUGCAAAAUAAACACUACAUCGGAGCCUAUGCUCUCGGAUACGACAAGAAUAAAUUGUGUCGUAGCUACAAAAUCUUGAGGUUUGAGUGUAUAUACGAAAAGUUGGCUCCGGACAGCGUGGAAAUUUAUGAGUUUACCUCUAAUUCAUGGAGGAAUCUUGAUGCGAUCAUUCCCGAUCAGGCCUACUUAAAAAGUGAUGGCCAUGCGUGUGCGUCUUUAAGUGGAAAUACUUAUUGGGUGUCGUGGAUUAAAAAAGGAGACAACGACGACUACUCACUACUCAGUUUUGAUUUUUCAACAGAAAGGUUUCAACGUUUGUGUGCUCCCUUUCAUCAUCAACCAUGCCGUGUUGAUACUAUGGCUCUCUCGGUUGUUAGAGAAGAACAUCUUUCCUUGUUUUAUCAGAGUAGACAGACACUAAAAGUGGAAAUAUGGAUGACCGAUGAGAUUCAUACAACAUUUGUGUCGUGGAGCAAGUUCUUAACAUUAGAUUUAGUUUCUCCUUCUUUUUCGAAUUCCAUGAGCUUCUAUAUUGUUGACGAGGAGAAGAAAGUUGUUGUGUGUUGUGUGGAAGACGGAUUUUUCGACUCCAAAUUGGUAUGGAUUGUUAGAGAAGGAGAAGAAUAUAUACCAGACUUGCCAGUUUAUUAUGGCAGACAAUCAGUAGGUUUUAGAUCUAUUUGUCAUAUGCCAAAAUUGUUUGGUUAUGUUCCAAAAAAUUAGCAUUGUGGGUUUCUUUUGCUUGCUUUGUCAAGUCCUUGGAUUGGAUGAAUGAAACGAUAUCAG